ACCGCGUGCAGGCGACGCAGCUGGACGCAGUCGAGUGCCUCUGGACGCACCGAAGACGGUUCCAUGCGAUCGACCUCGAUCCCUUCGGAACGUGCGCGGCGCUGCUGCCGAGUGCGAUUGCCUCGGUUGCUCUCGGUGGCGUUGUCUGCGCCACCGACACGGACAUGCACACGCUUCUCGGGAAGAACGGACCGUCGCACGCCGAGUGCUUCCGACGCUAUGGCGCGCUGCCGCUGACGUCAGCAGCCUUUGGGAAGGAGCUCGCGAUCCGCAUCGUGCUGGGCCGCGCCGCGUCCAUUGCGGCCGACUGCAACCGGUCGGUGACGCCGCUGCUGUCGACGGCGUUUGACUUUUUCACGCGCGUCAUCUUUCGCGUCCAAGAGGCGGGUGACGCGCCCAGGGUGCCACUCGCAGUCGUCGACCAGUGCACGCGCUGUGCGCACUUUAACGUGCACGAGCUUGGCGCAGCUGUGACCUGCGUAGCGCAGUGUCCCAUCUGCAACCACGCGCUGCAGCGGGGUGGUCCGUUCUGGGCGGGGCCGCUGCAAGAGCGGACUGUGCUAACGACGGCAGCAGCAUUGCCAGGUCUGGACGCAGCGCGGCGGUAUUUGGAUGGGGUUUUGCUCGAGGAGUCGAGCGCGCCGUUCUACUACUCGGUGCCGCGACUGUUUCGCGCGUUCAAGCAUGUCCAGCCGCCGUCGCUCGCUGCGUUCAAACACGCACUGCGAUCAAUCGGCCACGACGUGACCACGUCGCACUUGGACCCUAUGUCUAUCAAGACGCGAUCGUCAUCUCGAGACAUCUACAGCGUCGUCAAGGCGUGGCUCGUCACACAAGCUCCGUCGACGGCCGAGUUGUCAUCACUGCUGUCUUCGAGCCAAGCUGUCUUUUUGUCCGCGGCUAGAGACGCCAAAGACGACGUCUGGGCGACGCCAACCAAGUGCACGCGCCAACACAUGGAGGACUGCAGUUUGCUGCCACCGACGAGUGCAGCGAUUCGACCGCCAUUGGCAUUGCUGGUUUCAAUCGACACCACCGACGACCUCGCGUCAGCCAUCGACGCCGCGCCCGCCGGCGCCACGCUCUGUCUCGCGCGUGGUUCGUACGUUGUGACGACCUUGCGCAUUGCCAAAGCCAUUACGCUGCAAAGCAUGUGUGGUGGUGAAGGCUCGACGGUCGUGAUCGGUCACGUUGUUAUCGAAGGAAACUCGAGCGUGGUUCUCGAUGGCCUUGUGCUACAGCCGCCAAAACGACCGACGCCCAAGGCCCACACACUCCUCGUAUCCUCUGGCCGCGUCUCGAUCGAGCGAUGUGUGCUGCAGCGCAGUGCGCGCAACAUCGCGGUCGUCUGUGUCGCCAAUCGGUCGCACGUGACCAUGAGGCUCUCCCGUAUCUCGGACGGCCUUCAGGCUGGACUCUACGUGUGUGGUGGGUUCGACUGGUACUGCAAUGUGCUCACACUCGAGACAGGCAAAGCCACGGCCGACGUCUCGCACUGCACGAUUGAGCGAUCUGCCGGUUGUGGCGUCGACAUCUCUGGGGGCGCUGCGUGCACGCUAUCGCACUCGGCGAUCGCCAACUGCAAGAAGAGCGGCGUCUUUGCGCAUGCGUUCGGCACUCUCACGAUGCGCGACUGCCGCGUCGAGAAGAACCACAUGGCUGGCGUCGAAGUGACCACCCACGCGCAUGCAAGCAUCGAGACAAGCUGGAUUGUGCGCGGCCUCAAAGGCGGCAUCCUCCUGCACUCGGGCGGCCGGGCGACAAUCCAAGACAACGUCAUGCACAAGAACGCGAUGGCAGGUAUCGAUGUCCGCGGCGUCGGAAGCGCCGCCGUCGUCCAUCGCAACCACGUCUGCAACGGCCGCGCGAGUGGAAUCUACGUCUCGGACCACGCCCACGCCGAUGUCGUCGGCAACGAGAUCUGCGGCCACCGACGCGCGGGCCUCGAGACAACUGGUGACGCGUCGAUCACUGCAAGCGACAAUCGAUGCGUUGGCAACGGUCGCAAUGAGCUCGAGGCCACGUAGGCGUCGUUCAGAAAGGGCGGGGUAUUUCUUGCCCUAGCCCUGGGAACCUUUGUGCGUCAUCGGUUGAAGUACUCCUCUCUUGGAGCUCCUCACUGAUAGUUAUGAUGCAGUCGUAGGAGG